CGAGGGCUCGCGGAGAACACACGUCCGGGCGGAGCCCCGCAUCGCCCGCCGCACCGACGACGCCCCGCACGCGCCCCGGACCCGCCGCCGCCGCCAUGGCCGACCCCAAGGAAGCAACGGAGGAGCACGACACCUCCACCGAAAAUGCAGACGAUUCCAACCACGACCCCCAGUUUGAGCCCAUAGUUUCUCUUCCGGAGCAGGAGAUCAAGACGCUCGAAGAGGAUGAGGAGGAACUCUUUAAGAUGCGAGCCAAGCUCUUCCGGUUCGCGUCGGAGAGCGAGCUCCCGGAGUGGAAGGAGCGAGGAACCGGGGACGUGAAGCUGCUGCGGCACAAGGAGAAGGGAACCAUCCGCCUCCUGAUGCGGCGGGACAAGACUCUCAAGAUCUGCGCCAAUCACUACAUCACCCCUCUGAUGGACCUGAAGCCCAAUGCCGGCAGCGACCGGGCCUGGGUCUGGAACACACACGCGGACUUCGCCGACGAGAGCCCCAAGCCCGAACUCUUGGCCAUCCGGUUUUUAAAUGCAGAAAACGCGCAGAAAUUCAAGGUCAAGUUCGAAGAAUGCCGGAGCGAGAUCGAGGAAAAAGAAAAGAAAGGCUCGGGCAAGAGCGACAGCCCCGACGACGUGGCCGAGAAACUGGAGGAGCUCUCUGUCAAGGAAGAGAGCAAAGCAGAGGCUGAGGAGGAGGAAGGGAAGGAGGAGGAGAAAAGCCAGGAGAAAAACUGAAGAGGUGGGAUAAGUCAUCUUGGGCUGCGCAGUCUUUCCUCACCUUAUGUUUUUGUUCUUUUUAUUUUCCUCCCUCGGGAUCUUGGAUUUUUUUUUUUUUAAAUACACAAGGGACUUUAUACAAAGAAUGAAUUCCUACCAUGUUUUUUCUAAGCUUUUGCCCUUUGGAAGAUGUCUUCAGAAAAUCCAUAUUCCCAGUCAUGAAAAUGUACUGCGCUCACUUUCUUUUCCACAGUGGAAACAGUUAUUUAUAGCAUCCAAAAGAGCCAAUAAAACCAAUUUGAGCAGCGUG